GUAUAAUUACCUCAUAGUUUUCCUUAACCUCAGGCAAGGAAAUAUGCUUGCAGCUUUGCAAGCAGCCCUUAAGAAUCCCCCAAUAAACACAAAGAACCAGGCUCUCAAGGAUCGGGCAGAGAACCUUGUGUUGAAGGUUCUAACAUCUUACAAAAGCAGCGACAUUGACAAGGCUAUCCAGUCAUUGGAUAAGAAUGGAGUUGACUUGCUUAUGAUGUACAUCUACAGAGGCUUUGAAAAACCCUCCGAAAAUAGCAGCGCCAUUUUCCUUCAGUGGCAUGAAAAGGCUUUGGCUGUCGCAGGUGUAGGUUCCAUCGUUCGAGUACUGACUGCAAGGAAAACUGUAUAAUGCCUGUUUGUUUUAACCAAUGCUUAGGGCUGGGGAACAGGGAUUUGCUGGUACAAAGACCAAACCACUUUUAUUUACUUUUUUUGCCAUGCUCUUUUGUAAUAAAGGUUUUGUAUAUCCUGUAAACUUUUAUUUUAAUAAGAACAAUUGGUUAUUCUGUGCAGAAACAAAAUGUUAUCUUUUGUUAUAUUUUGAUAAAGGCACUUUUGUUUCAUGUUGCUUGUAACUGUUGGCAUUUCUUUUUGCCAACUGAACAAAUAUAUCAAGACUUUCUCAGUCUUAUUUUAUUGUGACAUUAUUUUUAUGUUACUCUGCUGUGCCAUCUCUGGGGAAAGGUCAAAGCCAUCCAUACUGCAGCUGUUGUGUUUACUUUGCUGUGUAUUCUUUACUAGCCAGUAUCUGCAGUGUUAAACAGAGGCUGUCCUUCACCCAGAACUCGUUUGGUUAAUUAACUGCGGCUGUUGUGAAAGCAAAUGAAAUGUAUUUAUAGGAGGAGUGGCUGAGAACAGCAUCUGUAAGAAACCACUUGACCAUUGGAUUUCUACUCACCUUUGCUUAUGACUAUCUUUUAAAGUAAUUAAUGUUUAAUUUUAUACUGCCGUAAAUCAGCUUGCACUUGAAUUGUUGAAAUGCAAGCCUUUCUUAGGGGAAGAAGCACAAAACAUGAAAUGACAUGAAAUAAAAUUCUUCUACUAGGAUUGAA